GUUGCUGCCCCUCGUUUGCAGGUAAGAAUGACGUCACGCCGCCCUGGCUUUCUGAGUGCAGUUUGUAGAUAAUUACGCGAACAGGAUUUGCUAGACAGACGUCUUUUAGUGCAACUGCAAGCGGAUUGUUCGGGCUAUUGACACCGUUUAUUGGAUAUAUUUUGGUCAUUUACGUCCAAGCUUCAAUGGAGCGACGCCCGAUGUUCUGAUGAUGUGUGAAAGGAGAAACCUUUGGGCAGAACAAAUUAGGUUACCUGCCGCCCAGCCGAGGCGGUGAAACAGACUGAACUGAAAACGAGAAGAAUCUGAGAUGGCGAGCAACGACCGAGUGGCGAUUCUGACGGAGGACGAGGAGGAGCUGAAGAGGCAGUACGUCCUGGCCGAGCCAUUCGGGACUCUGUCCCUCGAUCCAACGCUGGAACAGCCCUCGUCCCCUUCCUCUCCAGGGGUACCCUCCACUGAGUCGCCUGCCCCUCCAUCGGUGCAAGGCAUGACCUGCCUGGAGAGGUGCUGCAUGAGGAUCAACAGACACCUCCUCAUCUCCAAGAUCUUCUACUUCUUCUUCUACGCGGCCUACGGCUCCCUGCACCCCCUGCUGGCUGUGUACUACAAGCAGCUAGGGAUGACGCCCAGCCAGAGCGGCCUACUGGUGGGUAUCCGCUACUUCAUCGAGUUCUGCAGCGCCCCCUUCUGGGGAGUGGUGGCUGACCGCUUCAAGAGGGGGAAGGCCGUGCUGCUGUUCUCCGUGCUCUGCUGGAUCGUGUUCAACAGCGGCAUCGGCUUUGUGAAGGAGGCUGGCCUGACCUGCACGGAGAAGAACCCCACUGAGGCUCCCUCGAACACCUCGGUCGCCAUCCUCCCCACCAAUGAAACCAAGGCCCUCCGGGUCCCGACGUCCAAUCACAGCAGGCGUCACCGAGAGGCAGGUUUGGAUCUCUUCAGCCUGCCCGCGCUUUUGGACGACCUGGAGUCUGUCUACAGCCCCCACCGCAGAUACGUCAGAGAGGCUGAUGCCAACGUGACGGCAUCUCCCUCAGCUCCGAUUGAGCCUGCAGCCAGGGAAGUGUCCACCGCUGUCGCCAUCACAACCACACCCACCACCACCACCACUACUACCGCUCCAAGUACAAUCACGUCUUCAGUGCAUCCCUCCCUAACCAGCACCUCCACAGUGCCCUUCACCAGAACCCCAACGAGCGAGAGCACACAAGCUCCCACCACCCCCAUCCCCACAACCAUAACAACCACCACCACCACCACCCCAACCACUACCCCCGUACCCAUAGAGUACAUCAUCACCUACAACAAGGACCAGGUGGAGAGCAUCUUCCUCCUCAUCCUGCUGGUCAUCAUCAUCGGCGAGUUCUUCAGCGCCCCCGCCGUGACCAUCGUGGAUACGAUCACGCUGCAGUACCUGGGCCGACACCGCGACCGCUACGGGCUGCAGAGAAUGUGGGGCUCCCUGGGCUGGGGGCUGGCCAUGCUCUCCGUGGGCAUCUGGAUCGACCACACCCACAUCACGCCAGCCAUCGACGGCGCCGGCUGCAUCCUGCCCGACUACAAGAACUACCGGAUCGCCUUCAUCCUGUUCGGGGUCCUGAUGGCCUCGGCUCUGAUGGUGGCCACGCGCUUCGACUUCGACAGCGAUGACCGCAGGGCGUACCAGGAAGAAGCGGAGAAGAGGGCCGAUGCGGAGGUCGUCACGCACGCGGCCCAGAGCCACUCGUCUCCCGAGGCGGGUUCUGAGGAGGCUGCCGACGGGGACGUGCAGACGUUCCACUACCGGGACCUGAUCCGGCUGCUGUGCAGCCUCCGCUACGCGACCGUGCUCUUCGUGGCCUGGUUCAUGGGCUUCGGAUACGGCUUCGUCUUCACCUUCCUCUACUGGCACUUGGAGGACCUGAAGGGCACCACCACGCUGUUCGGCGUCUGCUCGGUGCUGAGCCACGUAUCCGAGCUGGCGGCCUACUUCACCAGCCACAAGCUCAUCGAGCUGGUGGGACACAUACGAGUGCUGUACAUCGGUCUGGCCUGUAACACAGCACGGUACCUGUACAUUUCCUACCUGGAGAAUGCCUGGAUCGUUCUGCCGAUGGAGGUGCUCCAAGGAGUGACGCACGCCUCCGUGUGGGCAGCCUGCAUCUCGUACCUGAGCGCUGCCGUGCCCCCUGACCUGCGCACCUCUGCACAGGGCAUUCUGCAGGGCCUGCACCUGGGCUUGGGCCGUGGCUGUGGAGCCAUGGUCGGCGGAGUCCUGGUCAACUACUUCGGAGCUGCAGAGACCUUCAGAGGGAUCGGAAUGGCCUCCCUAAUCAUCCUUCUCUUCUUCUCCCUCAUCCAAUAUUUAAUGGGACAGAACCAGGAGGACAAGAUGCUGGCCGAGAACAUUCCGGUUCCAUCCAGUCCAGUCCCCAUAGCAACCAUCGACCUGGUCCAGAGCCACUCGGAGUUGUCCUCAGCCAGGCCAGAGAUCAAACUACCUCCCAAAAAGACCAAGCACCAGGAGGAGCAGGAGGACCUGAACAAGCCUGCCUGGGUCAUCUCCUCCUCACCCUGGGUCACCAUCGCCUUCGCCAUUUACCAGAUCCGAGAGAUGGUCACCUUGGCCAGGACCAGUCCUACCACAGAGGUACAGCCCUUGCAGGAGAUAAGUGAUCCUGUUACUCUCUGCGGUCUUGAAGAAGAGACCUCUCCCCCAGCGCUCCCCGCAGACCACCACGACAUAUCCCAGCAGCCCCCAUCCCCAGAGGAACCCGGGAGGAAUCUAGCACCACUCCCAGAAAACUGAAGUCCACCCUCCCAUGCCCUUUGUCAACUUGCACCAGUAAUGACUCGCAUUGGAGCAAAGGGCUAGACCGCCUGGCCAGGUCUGUCUGACCGCGUUUGUACUCCAGCCACAAGAGGGCAGUCACACUGAGGCAUCCUGCCUGAAUAUUGUUGGGUGACUGUCCCAACAUUGUUCCAGACCAGCGAAGAUCUUAAGUGUGAAUAAGGAAAUUCCCCCCUUGUCGUGGCGCCUUUAGAUAAUAUCCCUGUUUCACUGUAGAGCUGGACCCAGGCUAACUUGGCUAACCGCAUGGUUGUGUUUCAAUCUCUAUACUUGCAAUCAUGGUCAUGCUAAAGGCAGCCUUUAGCCCAGGUUUAGAUUACCAUCAGGACUUCUGCAGUCAGAGACAUCCUGAAACCGCUAGAAUAGACUCGCAGUGUUCAUGUCAGUUUUUAGCACAGGGAUUCUGUCAGAAUCAGCAUCUCUAAAUCAGGUCACCUACUGUACGCCCACAGCUCACUUAAAUAAGCUAGUUGACAGUGUUGCUUUUGUGCUUAAACUUGAUGGAGCUUUGUCCUGAUUAUAAAUCGGUCACCUGAACACAGCGAGGCUACAGCCUGGUUCUGGCUCUACAGCGGAAGCAGUUGAUCAGCUGCUUCGUCCGACCGUAGUCGGAUAGCGCCUUGUUUUACCGACCGCCUCCACUGCCCAAAGACCAGGCUCGUUAAUGUACAGGGACAGGACCCGAGUGACAUUCCUGCGCUCUGCUGUAUCUAUAUUUAAUGUUAUUUAAGCCGCAAGGAGUGCCUGGACCUACCGUGCCGGCGUCGCCAGAAAGGAAGUUCACCUUGCCUGCUCGUAGCAAGUGCAGAUCCGUUUCUUCUUAUGAUGGUGAAGAUGAGGAAUUUGGAAUGUGUGGUGACACACACACACACACACACACACACACGCCCCCCCCCCCCUCCCUUUUAACCACUUUGCAUUUCAAAUACUGACCUUGCUGCGCUGGUGUAGACUACUGACUUUGAGGAAAGUGUUUGUUUUAAACGUGUGUAGAUGGGAACGGCGAUGGAGCCGAACCGUUGACUUCCAAUGGCUACUGAAGGACAAACUGACCGUAGUUUUAAUUGCACUUGUGUCCCUGAGGAGUGUUUGUGUACUCGAAUCUGUGUGCCUUCUGCUUCCCGUUUUUGCCCACGUGUACUUGCUCUGUGACCUUUCGGUUUUGUACUGGCAAGCAAGCCCGUUUACAUUACGCAUUUUAAAAAGAGCGUGCUAUAAAAUACACACCAAUCCAGAUAAUACAACCAAGUCCUGUUUUAUUAACCCCAGAGUCUGCGUGGCAGCUUUGAUAUGUAUCCAUUAUGGGUCUGAAUAUUAUACUGGCAUUUACAAAAAUACUUUUUAAAAACACAGCAAAAGACCCAUUUAAUUAGUCUUACCCAAGAGGGUAUAUGAAAAUAGUUUUUAAAAACUCUUUAAAAAUACAUUUUAAAUAAUACAAUAAAUCAUCAGUACACAGCAUGUCCUAUGAUGUUGGUUGGCUCAUUCCUGAGUGUGACACUAGAGGGCAGCAGAGAACAGUAGACUAAACUGGACAGCAAAAAGAACAGGCUGUCCAAUGACCAGGCAUUUUAAACGUGUUCUCUGCUGUAAACCAAGUAAGAGUCACUGGCCUUUUUAAAUGGCAAUAAGAUUUCCAUUCUGCAUUAUUAGAAAUGUAAAAACCAAAACAUGGUUACCUUUGUGAUUUGACCCAGUCAUGAUGAACUAAAAUGUUCUCGAGCAGUGGUCUCUCACUCCCACCCUGGAGGGUUGCCGUGUGCAGGAUUUGUUUCUUUUUUUGGUUUCCUGUCAAUAAGUAGCCAAUUUAGGCCUUUGAAUCCAGAUAUGUGGACCCUUUAGCCAAUCAAUGACUUUAAAUCAGGGAUGCACAACUUCGGUCCUCGAGGGCAUACUGGUUUUUGUUCCAACCAAUUGCUUUGUUUAUAAUUUGCUGACAGCUCUAUUAAUGACCCUGGUUCAAGCCUUUACUUGAGCUGUGUAAAAUCAUUAUGAUGCACUUGCAGUCUGUAGCUGUAGCCAGAACUCACACAUGUCAGAUAAAAUAUCCAUCCAUCCAUCCAUUAUCUGAACCCGCUUAUCCUGAUCAGGGUCGCAGGGGGGCUGGAGCCUAUCCCAGCAUACAUUGGGCGAAAGGCAGGAAUACACCCUGGACAGGUCGCCAGUCUAUCGCAGGGCACACACACCAUUCACUCACACACUCAUACCUACGGGCAAUUUAGACUCUCCAAUCAGCCUAACGUGCAUGUCUUUGGACUGUGGGAGGAAACCGGAGUACCCGGAGGAAACCCACGCAGACACGGGGAGAACAUGCAAACUCCGCACAGAGAGGCCCCGGCCGACGGGGAUUCGAACCCAGGACCUCCUUGCUGUGAGGCGGCAGUGCUACCCACUGCACCAUCCGUGCCACCCCCAGAUAAAAUAUGAUUGAGCCAAUUAAACCAUUAAGACCAGAAGUUGGCACAAAAUCCUGAAACGGAUCGGCCCUUGUUGUGCACCCCUGCUUUACAUGAAUAACUUAAGUGUGGCAACACAUCGACCCUCCAGAAUGUGAGUGCAGGAUCCCUGCUCAGCUGAAUGCGGAUGUCAUCGAUUAAAACAAAAUGUUCCACUCUGACCCAGCCCCUGGCCCACACACUCUGGCUGCCAUUUGGCAAGUGUUUCUGAUGGCUGCGUACUGCUGAUUCCUGGUAACUGCAUGCAAAAACAACCGCUACAAUGUCAAUCUAACAGCAGUGACCUAAGACCAGAGGUGGAAGGUCCAGGGGUCAGAGUGUUAUAAAGUCCUGCCGUGUGUUUCUUCCGCCCAUUAAUACAGCCAAUUAGUUCUACCUCCUGGCUGAAGAAUUGUGCCAAAUUGAAAAUCCAAGACUGGAACAAAAUAUUGGGGAGAACUUUUACUUGAACUCGGACCUGAGGUGUUUCUCAGUCUGUACUUGUCUGUUCUUGCAGUCUCGUGAACUUGUGUGACAUCAUAUUUAACAGCUCAAGUCCUGUUCAAAAACCAAUAAUGCAUCAAAUGAAUCCUUGCCCAAGGAGAACGGACAUUACAUCCCACCAUUCAUUGUGCGACUUCAUCUCAUUUCAGCAAUAAACAUUGCCAAAAUCUUUCUAAGAAUUAAAAUGAGGCAAGAAAUAUGUGUUAUAA